AUGGGAAUCACGGCAGGAAUGGGUGGAAGAGUGUUUUUGCCCAUCAUCCUACUACUGCUGUGGACGCAUGUUGGCAGGUUUUCGGAGGUAACGGUGGUGGCGGCUGUCACGCCGGUCGACAAUCGUCAGCCACACCCUCAUGGCACGGCGGCGCCCAUCCCAGAUGUCGAGAAGACACCGGAAAUUCAGCGGAGACUUGACAAGGUAGGUGAAAGUGAGCUUGUCGUCACCAAGCUCUUCGUCCUUAACCGCCAUGGACACCGCACCCCGAACGCACCCUAUUGGGAUUAUUGCCCCAGGGAUCGAAAGAAUCGGCGUAAUUACGACGUGUACGCCGAGGAUCUGACGGGGUUGGGCAUGAAGGAGGAGUAUGAAUUGGGACAGUACCUUCGGCAAAAGUAUGCCGACAUUAUUGGGGAUCGAUUUAAUCGCAGUUUACACUUCUUCCGCGCAGUGGGGGAGCCCCGUAUUUUACAAUCCGCUGUGGCCGUGUCGCAAGGGAUAUUUCCUGAUGGUUUUGGCCCCGGCGGCUUUCUUCCUAAUCGACCGCAGUUUGUCCCUGUCUUUUCAGAUAUGGAUACACACGAGUAUCUGCUGGACGACGUGCCCUGCUUUAGGCGUGCGGAGUCCGAUGUGAAGCACUGGAUCAAGAGCAGUCUUGCAGAAUUUGUUGCUGAUGCGAAUGUUGCGGAGGUGUUAAAAUACAUGCGAAAAGUAUGCGGAACCCCCACGAAAGAGCCAAAUUCGUUGUUUGCAUACAUCAAAAUCGUGGCUGAUGGCAUGAUAUUUAAUACAGAUUAUGGCCUCAAUGUGUGUGGUGGGAGUAUCACGCCCGAAAUGCUCUUUAGAAUUCGAAAUGUAUCCAUGCAGUUUCUCCUGGCACGACUUUAUCACACCGACGAGCAGCAAACGUACACGGCCGUGGAUCUGCCGUACCGUUUCCUCCGCAUAAUGAAGGAGAAUAGCCCUCCAUCGGGGAAAAAACUGAAUGAUUUUGUGGACACACGACAGGAAUCCGUCUUUUACUUUGUUCACCGUGAGGCUCUCUAUGCAUUUGCGGGAUUCUUUGGUUUCAUGUACAAUGUUCCCGGCCUUCCGCGCAAUGAGCUGCCUGUUGCAUCCACACUUAUCGUCGAGAGGCUGGAACGGAAGCAUUCAUUGCGUCUUGACAAGGAGAGACUCACAUACGUGAAGUUUAUUCUGAAGACGCCGUAUCAUGGAACGAGCACCAUUCAAAUACCGCGAUGCAAGAUACCUCAGUUAUGUAGAUUGGAUGAGUUGCAGCAUAUCUACGAUCAACGUGUCGCGCGCACGGGGACAUGGGAAAAGCUGUGUAACUACACCUACUCGGAAAUUGACCACGAUACUGAUAUUCGCUAA